AUGCCAUACGACGACGUCGCGUGGGAGAAGAGCGACACGACAUUCGACACCUGGAAGAAGCAACUCUACGACGCCGACACACUCCGAGAAAUCGGUCAACUCAUAGCCCAGCAUCGCGGCGGAGUCCCAGAAGAGCUCUACGCGCCGAUCCGAGGCGCUUUCAACGUCUGUCUCCGGAUGCGCUUUCGCGAUGGGGGAUCGGCCUUGAUACGGUUCCCGUGUCCUGGGGUCGUGAUGUUUCCCGAGGAGAAAGUGCGCGCUGAAGUAGCUGUGAUGCGGUAUAUUAAGCACCACACCUCAAUCCCCGUGCCGUUCGUGCUCCAUUAUGGGAUGACGGAUGAGAGUCCGCGUGGGCUGGGCCCGUUUAUUAUCAUGGAGUAUGUCGAACAUGCGCAUGAUCUUGUGGACGUCUUGAAUACCCCCGGUCUUGGCCUCCAGGAUAGGCCUGUUUUGGAUCCUAACAUAUCUGAGGAAAGGCUUGAGUUUGUGUAUAGCCAGAUGGCAGAUAUCCUACUACAGCUUUCCAAAUGCGCCUUUCCGCGAAUCGGAUCUCUUGUUGAGACCGACGACGACGACGACGACGACGACGACAGAUGGACUAUCACUAAGCGUCCACUCACACUCAACAUGAACGAGCUUGUCCAGCUCGGCAAUUUCCCCCGUGCUAGAUUACCAUCAGGAACCUUCUCUACAUCUUCCACUUACUAUUCUGCACUCGCAGACAUGCAUCUUGAGCAUCUCUCAACUCAACACAACGACGCGAUCGAAUCCGCGGACGAUUGCCGUUCCAAGUACAUCGCGCGACAGUUAUUCCGCAAGCUCGCUUCGCAAUCGCGAUUAUCAGGGGAGCACGAUCUAGAAGCUGGGCCCUUUAGACUGUUCUGCGAUGAUCUCCGUCCGGCUAACGUGCUCGUCAAUGCUGAGUUCCAGAUCGUGGCUGUGCUCGAUUGGGAAUUCACGUAUGCGGCUCCGGUCGAGUUUACUUAUAGUCCGCCGUGGUGGCUCCUGCUUGAGAUGCCCGAGUAUUGGACACGGGGUCUUGAGGACUGGGCGACGACGUAUGAACGGCGACUUGGAACGUUUCUGCGAGUGCUGGAGGAGAGGGAGAGGGAGGGGAGGGAGAAAGAUGAAAGGGAGAGAGGCAUAUCAGGGGAUUCCCAAAUGUUGUUGUCCACGCCGCGCAAGAGCUGGGCUUUUGACGGGGUGUUUUGGAAUUGGCUGGAUAGGAAAUUCUUUGGUGAUGAAAAUGAUGGAGGUGGGUUUAUGGGUAGGUUGAAGUUGUUGGGGAGAGAAGAGAGGGAGGGUAUGGAGGUGUUCGUACAGAGGAAGUUGGAGGAGGCUAAGGAGAGGAUACUGGUUGGAUGGGAGGGAGAUGGGGUGAUGUGAUAUUAUGAUAUAUACCUACCUUAGGUAUGAUAUAGUAUGGUAGGACCUCAGAAAGUGAAUAUCAAGUAAUUAGUUUGUGAGAUAGCAGACAGAAAGAGAGAGAGGAUGAGAUCUCUCCUCCAACCCCCUUUUCCCUGGCGGGAAUAGAAGACCGAAGUCGUG